AUGCUUGCUUUUGCACAGGAUUAUGAGACCCGUCAAUUCCACGCUCCCGUCUCGCAGGACUUUGGAAAGGUCUUCUCGGAGACAUCUGGAAACGCUGGAGCUGUUGCAAAGCCUCGAGCCUCGUCAAAGGAGUUAUUGCCCCCAGUAGCGCCAGAGUCAAUCCCUGGCAAGCUGAUGAAGCACCCGUGGUCACCUGAAGUUCAAAGGAUGCUUAAAGACCGGUUCAGAAUGAAACGAUUCCGCCAUAAUCAGCUUGAGGCUAUUAAUGCCACACUGGGGGGUAAAGACGCCUUCGUUCUUAUGCCAACGGGUGGCGGCAAAUCUUUGUGCUAUCAGUUACCCGCUGUUGUCAAGACUGGCAAGACUCAGGGUGUUACCAUUGUGGUGUCGCCUUUGCUCAGUUUGAUGCAAGAUCAAGUCGACCACAUGAAAUCUCUGGGCAUUCAGGCUGUUGCAUUCAAUGGUGAGUGCUCUGCCGAAUAUAAGAGACAGGUGAUGACUGCUUUCAAGGAGAGAAGCCCGGAGGACUACAUUGAGCUCCUGUAUGUUACCCCCGAGAUGGUGAGCAAGAACAUUACCUUCAACAAUGGGAUGCGAACCCUGCAUGACAAAGGUAAACUUGCACGCAUCGUCAUCGAUGAGGCUCACUGCGUCAGUCAAUGGGGCCAUGAUUUCCGGCCAGACUAUAAGACUCUGGGCCAAGUCCGCCAGAGAUAUCCUGGAGUGCCGGUCAUGGCUCUCACAGCCACCGCGACGCAGAACGUCAUCGUCGACAUCAGGCACAAUCUCGGAAUGGACAACUGUCAAACGUUCUCACAGAGCUUCAAUCGUCCAAAUCUAUACUACGAGGUUCGCGGAAAGACAACUAAUGCCAAGUGUAUGGACGAGAUCGCGUCGCUGAUCAAGUCCAAAUAUGCGAAUCAGAGUGGGAUUGUCUACACGGUCUCACGAAAGAACGCAGAAAAGGUUGCGGAAAGUCUCUCGGACCAAGGUAUCACCGCCAGGCAUUACCACGCAGGCGUCGAUCCCCAGGAGAAGGCCGAGGUGCAAAUUGCCUGGCAACAGGGCCAGAUCAAGAUUAUCGUUGCAACAAUUGCGUUUGGCAUGGGCAUUGACAAGCCAGACGUGAGGUUUGUCAUACACCACGGGCUUCCAAAAAGCUUGGAAGGAUACUAUCAGGAGACCGGUCGCGCAGGCAGAGAUGGAGAUCCCUCUGACUGCAUUCUCUUCUAUGGCAAGCAGGAUAUAAGGAUCCUGAAGAAGCUGAUCGCUGAGGGUGAUGGCAACAAGGAGCAAAAGGAGCGGCAGAUGUCUAUGCUCAACCGUGUUACGGCAUUUUGUGACAACAAGUCUGAUUGCCGACGGGCUGAAAUUCUUCGCUAUUUUGGCGAGGACUUCAGUGCAGCGCAGUGUGGCAAGACUUGCGACAAUUGCAAAGCUGGUUUGAUCUUUGAGCAACAAGACUUUUCUAAGUACGCCAUUGCUGCCAUCCGAGUUGUUCAGGCGCAGAGGCGGAUUACAGCAGUGCAAUGCGCCGACAUCCUCAUCGGGAGAAAGUACCCCCCUUACGAGGCACGUCGCUCAGACGACUGGUAUGGAAUGGCAAAGAGCCUUAAGAAGCAUGAGCUUGUUCGAGUACUUGACAAACUGUUAGCCGAGAAGGCAUUUCAUGAGAACAACCAAGUCGGAAAUCAUGGCAUGGCAAUCCAGUACCUAAAACUCGGAUCAACAUACCACCUGUUUCUCUCAGGGCAGCGGAAGCUCAUGUUAUCGAUUCAAGUACCGGAAGAGGGCGCGACUAACAAGCCUUCCAAGCCCCAGUCGAAGCAAGCCACCAAGAAGCCGAAGGAUCAGGGUGUGACUGCCAUGCCGUCACCAUACGUGUCUUUACCCGUUGGGCGACGGAGAAAGAAAUCACGUUCUGUGGAAAGCGACGAUGAGAAUGGAGCCAUGACUUUGAAUGGCUAUGAGAAUGAUGGGUUCAUUGUAGAUGAUAACGAGGAUGAGGAGGCCUUUGAAGAGCUGCCUGACCACCAACCACCGAAGCCGCCCUCGCGGUCGCCUGGGCUUCCAAUACCCAUCAGUACCGAGCUGGAGGGCUUGAACGAAAUACACCGGGAUAUCGUCGACGGUUUCGUCCAGGAAGCAAAGGUAGCAGAGGAGCAAAUCCGAAAGCAGAAGGGGCUCAGAGAGCCACUAUUCACCAAGAAGGAGCUCCAAGACAUGGCCAUACAGUGGACAACUUCUCUUGACAAGAUGUCUAAGAUUCCAGACAUCCAACCUGACAAAGUCAUGGAUCAUGGACCAGAGAUCCUACGUAUCUUGCGGAGAUACUACAACGGGUACCGUGAGGUCAUGGAUCCCAAGUACUCUGGGGGUAAUGACCAGGAGAUUGUGGAUCUGAUAAGUUCAGACGUCGAGAUGGGUGAGGAUGCCUACGAGGACGAGGAUGGAGAGGAUUCUCCCUACUUCAACACCAACAGGCACGCCGAUAUUCAGGCCUACUCGAGCACGUAG